AUGUGGAGGCGUUCUAUCUCGAUUUUAAGGCCGUCACCAACAACAGUGAUUCCAUCCAAUGUGUUGAGCGGAUCACAAUUAGAAUUGAAACCAUUGUUUGAUAACCAUGCUGAAACCACUAGAGAGGAUGGAUCUAAUGUUACUACUACACAAUUCCAACUAUUGGGGGACAACCCGACAUUAGCCUCGAUACAAGUUUCACCUUCGAUCCCAUUAUAUGUGAGGCACAACUCUAUCGUAUCGAUACACGAUUCCGAUAGAUUAUCCAACGUUAAUGUUUCUUAUAAUAAAUGGUUCACGUUUUGGCCUACUCUUUCGUUAAGCAGAUUUGAUAAACUUGUGGGAACCAACACCUUCAACUGUUUGGUAUCAUCUCGUAAGUCUUCAGAUACGCUAUCUGUAUUACAGUUAAACGGUACACAGGAUUGGAUAGUAUUGAACCCAAAGAGCGUAGUAUCUUUUGAAGGGAAUUCUUCGCUCUCCAUCCAAUGGUUCCACAAAUGGUUAAACUAUUUCAGAUGGAUAUCGAAUAAGGUGACGGUUCUCAGGAGCUACGGGAAACUGUCGGGACGUGGUAACGUUUUGUUAAAUGGGAAUGGAUCUGUCUAUAAACUAGAGUUAAAAUCAGAAGAUGAUCAAAUUAUAUUACAAAAGAACAGAAUUCUAGCCUUCAAUGGUUUGAACAAAUUAGAUUUUAAGCAGGCUGUCACUUUUGAACAGACCUCAAAAUCGCUUGAAUCUGAUUCACAACCAGAAACGAUACACAAUAACGAGGACAAAAUUGCCUUCAUGAAAACUGUUAACACAACCUUAGAGUUUUUGAAGACACGUUGGCACACGAUGAGCAAUACCGAUUUCGUCAGGGUUAAGGGACCAAGAACAGUUCUCGUUCAGACCGAUGCCAAAUCGUCUGCUCAAACAUGGCCCACAUCUACACUAUCUCUUAAACCAGCAAAAAAUUAUCUAAGCUUUGCCAAAAUUGAUAAUGGGUCUGUAAACUUCAAGAACACGACAUCUCUUUUGGAAAAGAAGUGA